UUGUUGAUAGACUGAAAGACGUUAUGCAAUGGGAAACCGUGUUUCGAAAAACAUUAUUCUACUGUUAUAUUUUCCUUUAUAUAUUUUAGAGUUGGAUUUUAAAUAGACUGUCAUGCAGCCGAAUUGAAUUGGCUCGAUUUUGAAACCGGACACUUACGAACACCAAAAGGAUAAUUGCUUCCCGAUUAGCAGCCUUCACAUAAUUCUCGCUCUUUCACGCUUUUGGUACCGAAAUAGAAGCAACGAAUAAUAUUUCCUGCGAUCGACUGAAGGUACUGUUUUACCAGCAAUUAAAAGAAAAAAAAAACAUUCUUUCAAAAAACCAUCGAAUAUACAGAUUAACACUGUCUGUGGAAAUGGACUUCUCCGAAGUGGUUGGCAGUUUCGGCCGAUGGCAGUUGAGAGUAUUCCUCUUCUUCGCCUUCUUCAAUGUCGUCGGCAUGUGGCAGAAUUUUUCCAUUGUUUUCCUGGCCGCCAAUGUCCCCUUUCGUUGCGUCCAACCCCCGUCCCCGCACAACAGCACAAGUUCUUCUUUCGGCGAUCAAUGCGAAGUGGCUGCGGGUAACAAUUCGAGCACGCCUUGCACCCAGUGGGAGUAUGAUAUUUUGCAAACGUCUCAGACGAUCGUCAGUGAGUGGGAUCUGGUGUGCGACCGGGAGUGGCUCGUCUCCUUGGCCAAGUCGUCUUACAUGCUCGGUUUUCUGCUCUCCGUCGUCGUCUUCGGCCAGAUUUCAGACUGCAUUGGACGAUAUCCGACCAUCCUCAUGUGCUACGUCAUCACCUGCGUCAGCAUGUUGCUGUCUCUCUUGUCCAAUUCCUUCGUCAUGUUCGCUGUCUUGCGCUUCUUCCACGCCUUCGGAAGGGCUGGCGCUUCCACGGUUGGAUACGUGCUGAUCAUGGAGAUGGUGGGUCCGGCACAUCAAGCCGAAGUUGGCAUCGCCGUCCAGCUUGGCUGGUCAGUUGGCUUUGUGACUCUGGUGGCCGUCGCCUGGUCCUUUCGCCAUUGGUUCUGGCUGCAACUCGUCAUAUCGAUUUCCUUCCUGCCCUUCGCCCUCUUCUUUGGGAUCAUUCCGGAAUCUCCCCGUUGGCUGCUGACACAAGGCAAGCUCGCCAAACUGGAGCGACUUCUGAGAAGGGCUUCCGCCAUCAACAAACGCGAGGCGAAGGAAGACUCGAGGAUGCCCAAGAAAAAGGACGAGAUGAAAAAGACAGCGACCCUGCUUGAAGUGUUGAAGAUGCCCACAAUGAGGAUUAGAACCGUCUACAUGAUAUACAUUUGGUUCGUGAACGCCUUCAUGUACUACGCGCUGUCCUACAAUACGAACGACUUGGCGGGGAGUCCAUACCUCAACUUCUUUGUUGCGGGAUUCAUCGAGUUCCCCUCCUACGCUCUGGUCUUCUGGGGCAUCAAGAAGUGGGGCCGCCGCUCAACUCUCCUCUCUUGCAUGAUGGCGGGGGCUGUCUCCAGCGCAGCCCUUCUGUUUGUACCCUCUAAUCUGCCUUGGCUAAUAAACACCUUUGCAAUGGUUGGGAAGUUCUGUUUCACUGGCUCCUUUGGACUUCUAUAUCUCUACACGACGGAGGUGUUCCCGACCGGAGUACGCAACGCUACUCUCGGAUCCUGCUCGAUGUGUGCACACGUUGGUUCCAUCCUCGCGCCGUUCCUGAGAGACUUGGGAAAAGCGACCCAUUCCAUUGUGCCCAACAUGUUGUGCACAGUUUUCGCACUGACAAGUGGCGCUCUGACACUGUUGCUGCCUGAAACUCGAGGAUUAGACUUGCCAGAUACGUUACAAGAAGGUGAAGAUCUCGGGAAGUCCUAGAAAAGCAAACACAAACUCGCAGUCGGAAACGCUUUUAUGAAAAGUAAUGAUUCAAGAAUGCUCUGAAAGUUGGUUCACUGAAUAAAUAAGUUGAAGAAGUGUAUUUAUUCCCUUU